GGACUACCUGUUGAGUGGAUGCACGGCUGCAGUGGUCGGGGUCUCUCUGGAUUAUUAUAUAAAACACAAACGUAGCGCGUAGCUGAAGCUCCAGCCCUGAAAGAGUUAAACGCUUUUUCCCCGGCUGGCAGGAGGUUAGACUUUGCGGCGCAGAGAGCUUGGUGGACGCGCACCAAACCCGGACAACUUCCACCACAAAACAGCAGGCAUGUCGGAGCUAAAGGGGACCUCUGGAUUUCUUACUUCUACUGAGCUGUGAGGGCUUCUUUUUUAUUUUUGUUGCGUGGAUAUCGCCUCCAUGGACGGCUUUUACGGGAUGGAGAACCCGACGGAGAACCCCAGCAAGGCGGCGGAGUAUCUACAGGAGCUGAAUAAAAUCAUCGAGACGCAGCAGGGGCUUCUGGAGAAGCAGAGGGUCCGGAUAGACGAGCUGGAGAUCCAUGUGACAGAUCUGUGCAAGGAGAACGUGUGUCUGAAGGAGCAGCACCAGAGGCACCUGGCCACCUGCAGACUCCAGCAGGGGAACAACUCCUCCACCCUGGGAGCCAUCAAGGAGAAUGCCAUGCAGGAAAAACGACACGCCUCUUUGCCUGUACAGGUGUCAGAGCUUCCUCUAACCCUUAAUGCCCCUCCAUGUAGAAGAAGUUAUCCCUGUCGCAAAUGGAAGUCUGCGUCUUUUGGACCCGACACAGAGGUCCCCAGCUCCGCCAUGACUCACAGACGCGACCAUCACUUUGUGGAAGGUGAUGCUCCAGGCAGCGAGUUGGGUGCCUCUGUGGACCCCAGCAGCGGCUACGGUUGCAUCCCAGUGACCCACAGCGGCGGGCUCGGCCCCGGCCACCUGGACAGCCAGAUCUACGGACACAUCUUGCUGCCCGGACACCUGAGGCCCCGCCGGCCCAAGCUCCAGCACUCGCAUUCCAUCCUACGCAAGCAGGCAGAGGAGGAGGCCAUCAAGCGGUCCCGCUCGCUGUCCGAGAGCUAUGAGCUCUCAGCGGACCUGCAGGACAAGCAGGUGGAGAUGCUAGAGCGGAAAUAUGGUGGGCGUUUCAUAACCCGGCAUGCAGCCCGCACCAUCCAGACGGCCUUCCGCCAGUACCAGAUGAACAAGAACUUUGAGCGUCUUAGAAGUUCUAUGUCUGAGAACCGUAUGUCCAGACGGAUCGUCCUAUCAAAUAUGAGAAUGCAGUUUUCCUUUGAAGGACCUGAAAAAGUCCACAGCUCCUAUUUCGAGGGAAAGCAGGUGUCGCUAACGGAUGAUGGAACCAAACUCGGUGCGCUGGUGCAGUCGGAGCACGGUGGGGAGAUUCAGGCCAAGACCCCCACGACACAGAGCGACUUCACAGACGCUAUCACAGAACUUGAAGAUGCCUUCUCCAGGCAGGUUAAGUCUCUGGCUGAGUCCAUAGACGAUGCUCUGAACUGUCGCAGUCUGCACGGCGAUGAGUCGGAGCCGGUGAGAGGCCUCCCGGAUAUCGACAGGGAGCUCAGUUGCCAGAUGAAACCUUCUCACGGGGCGUCAGAACACCGCAAGCUGGAUGAGAUGAGGGCGUCCUACAGCGACGUCACCCUCUACAUCGAUGAAGAAGAACUGUCACCGCCGCUGCCCCUGUCUCAGUCGGUGGACCGACCUUCCAGCACGGAAUCGGACUUGCGCCAGCGCUCCCUCAAUUCUUCCCAGGACUACUGGUCACUGGCUCAUAAGGACGAAAAAGGAGACACGGACACCAGCUGCCGCAGUACACCGUCUCUGGAGUGCCAAGAGCAGCGCUUGCGGGUAGACCACUUACCUUUGCUGACCAUCGAGCCUCCAAGCGAUAGCUCCGUGGAGCUCAGCGACCGCUCUGACCGAAGCUCUUUGAAGAGACAGAGCGCCUACGAGCGAAGCAUCAGCAAUCAGCAGAGCAGCCCCAAACAGAUCACUCACAGCCGGCCACCCAGAGGACCCCCCAGAGAGGAGGAAGCCCCCCGACAUCGGCCACGACAACUGGAGGCCCAUCUGGCCAUCAAUGGCACCGCGAACCGCCAGAGCAAGUCCGAGUCCGACUUCUCCGACGGCGACAACGACAGCAUCAACAGCACGUCCAACUCCAACGACACCAUCAACUGCAGCUCCGAGUCCUCGUCCCGGGACAGCCUGAGGGAGCAGACGCUCAGCAAGCAGACGUACCACAAAGAGACGCGCAACAGCUGGGAUUCCCCGGCAUUCAGUAAUGACAUCAUCCGCAAGAGGCACUACCGCAUUGGUCUGAACCUCUUCAACAAGAAACCAGAAAAAGGCAUCCAGUAUCUGAUAGAGCGAAACUUUGUUCCAGACACUCCGGUGGGUGUGGCUCACUUCCUGCUGCAGAGGAAAGGCUUGAGCAGGCAGAUGAUUGGCGAGUUCCUGGGAAACAGACAGAAGCAGUUCAACCGAGAUGUCCUCGACUGUGUGGUGGAUGAAAUGGACUUCUCGAGCAUGGAGCUGGACGAAGCGCUCAGAAAAUUCCAGGCGCACAUCAGAGUUCAGGGGGAGGCGCAGAAGGUCGAGCGGCUCAUAGAGGCGUACAGCCAACGCUACUGCAUCUGCAACCCGGGUGUGGUGCGGCAGUUCAGGAACCCCGACACCAUCUUCAUCCUGGCCUUUGCCAUCAUCCUCCUCAACACGGACAUGUACAGCCCCAACGUGAAGCCUGAAAGGAAGAUGAAGCUGGAGGACUUUGUGAAAAACCUUCGAGGGGUGGAUGAUGGGGAAGACAUCCCCCGAGAGAUGCUGGUAGGGAUAUAUGAGCGGAUUCGCAAGCGAGAGCUCAAAACUAAUGAAGACCACGUGUCCCAGGUUCAGAAAGUGGAAAAACUCAUUGUUGGAAAAAAGCCGAUCGGCUCGCUACACCAUGGUCUGGGCUGCGUACUCUCCUUACCCCACCGGAGACUGGUCUGUUAUUGCAGACUUUUUGAAGUACCCGACCCCAACAAACCACAGAAGUUGGGCCUUCACCAACGGGAGAUCUUCCUCUUCAACGACCUGCUAGUGGUCACUAAAAUCUUCCAAAAGAAGAAGAACUCUGUGACGUACAGCUUUCGGCAGUCCUUCUCACUUUAUGGCAUGCAAGUGCUCCUCUUCGAGAAUCAGUAUUAUCCUAACGGAGUGCGUCUGACCUCAGCCAUUCCCGGAGCAGACAUCAAGGUCCUCAUCAACUUCAACGCGCCGAAUCCCCAGGACCGCAAAAAGUUCACUGACGACUUGCGGGAAUCCAUUUCUGAAGUCCAAGAGAUGGAGAAGUACCGGAUAGAAUCGGAGCUGGAGAAGCAGAAGGGGGUGGUGAGGCCCAGCAUGUCCCAGACUUCAGCCAUGAAGAAGGACACGGGUAACGGGAACCUGAGUCGCGGGAGUCUCGACGACAGCUACGCCAUUGGUGAAGGUUUGAAGAGGAGCGCGCUCAGCAGCUCCUUACGUGACCUCUCGGACGCAGGCAAGCGUGGGAGACGCAGCAGUGCAGGAUCACUAGACAGCAAUAUGGAAGGGUCCAUCAUUAGCAGCCCCCACAUGCGGCGGAGACCCCCCUCCAGCCGAGACUGCCCGUCCCGCCACAGCGGCCACUCGCUGCCCAACUCCUCCUCGCUGCUCGGGACUCUGUUCGGCCCCAGACGGGUGAAGUCGCCCAGCCCCACCCCUCAGGCCCUGCACCCGACCCUCAUCUCCCACAGCCCCCACCCCACCAACCUGCACCACACGGCCCGGGCGGAGACGGACGCGCCGGCCUCCACCCACCCUCACCACGGCCAGUUCUGCCACCAGAACCCCCCGCCUUACCACCACCACCACCACUACCACCCGCCGGCCCACCUGCAGCACCCUCCGCACCAGUUCCACCCUGCGACAGUUCACGCGCCGCAACAGCCGGCCUACCCGCCUCACCCGCCUCACGGCCACGGGAGCCACUCGGCACACCCCCCUCACGGUCCGCAUCACCACGGCCCUCCUGCAGCCCCCUCCCAGGCCCCCAGCAGCACCAAGCCCAAGCACAGCGGCAUCAGCACGGUGGUGUGAAGUCGCACAGAGACUGGACUUUGAUUUUAAUCCGAGACGGUAGCACUGUGUCUGUCUGCGGACGCCGGACCAGAUCCUGUGCCUCCUUCGGGGUUUUUUGUUGUUGUUACGCUCAUAGCAGGAACAGUUUACUCGAGCACAUUUCCUUUCCGGUUGCUCCUUGCAUUUCACUUCAGGUCAUAAUUCAAGAGCAUGCACAAAGACCACAAAUACUGUUUCUCCUCAGUAAAUUAAAGGAUCAAAUAUCUAACUUACUAGUGUUUUACAGAAGAAAUCAAUAGUAAUCUUGACUUUCAUGUCUAUAAGGGGAUAUGAUCUUAUCUGACAGACAGACAGACAGACAGACAGACAGACAGACAGACAGACAGACAGACAGACAGACAGACAGACAGACAGACAGACAGACAGACAGACAGACAGACAGACAGACAGACAGACAGACAGACAGACAGACAGACAGACAGACAGUCCUCAGCCCUACAGUAGCUGUAUGAGUAUAUAAUGUAGCCGUAGCUCACAGUACACUGUGAUAUCUCUGAUAGCAGUUUAUAAAUGUGCCAAUUAUCCAAGCAUAUAGUCACCACAACAUGCUUUCUGUAAAUUGUGCAUAGUAUUUUGUAAGAUAACAAUAUUAACUGUUGCUGUAAUAACAAUAAUAAUAAUGACUAUUAUUACAAGACGAAUGCAUCGAUUACGACUCUCAGUAUUAUACCGGCACAGAGCGGGCGCAGAUUCCCUGUUCAAUCAAAGCUUUUAUAAGGUGAGGCGAGUCACUGCUGUGUCUGGUUGCCUUUGAGUUAGAACAGCUGGAUGGAGGGUGGUGCAGAUUUUGCACACCGCCCUGCAAACCGUCUCAUCCCUUGGGGUCGUCUUUCAAUCUCCCGAAACAGAUUCAUCUGUCUGCCAGCAUUUUAUUUUUUUACCUAUUUUUUUAGAGUCUAAUGGACAGCAUAGAACGCUCUGGUCGGUCCGUUCUGCAGGAGGAGGAAGAGGAGGAGGCGGAGGAGGUUUUUGGUGGGGUGUGUAGCAGGGAAACAACAACUCCUGCUGCGGAAGCUCUCAGCUGGCUGAGUGUGGCCUGUGUGCGGUUUCUUUGUGCGUCUCUUGAGCGAUGUCGUCCCACCAUCAGACCUUUUCUUUGCUCGGAGCCACAGCACUAUAUUUAUCAUUCUUUGCCGGUGAUAGAAACUCUUCACCACCAAUGGCAGUGUCAUAUCAAUCAUCUAUUCUGACAUAUUAAAGGGAUCCUGUGCACGGUAUCUGGAGUGUGUGCAGAGCGGAGGCAUGGGGGGGGGGGUUGUUUUCCUAGACGCAGCACUUAGUUGAUAUCAAUGGCUGUCUGUCCCCGCUUGAAACGAAAUGGACUUUUUUUUAAACUUGUAUGUGCAAUAUAUAUCUCCCUUUUCUUUUAUUGUCUAAACGCAAUUUCAAUCUGGUGUUUCUUUUCCAUUUCUGUCCAUCCUCUUGUCAUUUCUUCCUCGAUGUUUCAGCGACACAUGGAUUCGGAGGGACAGGACCUUCCAUCACAGGAAAUCAUUGCAUGUAAAAAAUGUAUUUCAAGGCUAUUUUCUAACUAGUGUGUAUUCCCAAAACUAUAUCAAUGUUACAGAUGUUAAAAACUAAUGGUAGAAUAGUUUUGACUUACAGCUAACCUUGAAGUCUACUAUGUAUUCGUGUCACUCCGGACGGAUAACCAAAUCUGUAUCGUUUCCUUAAUCCACCUGUACUGGAUCUUUAGCGUACAACGGAGCUAUCGCAGCUGUGAGCGGUGUGGAGACAGAUGUGCUCUGUCAUCAGGAAGUCACAGUGAUAAUGGACAGACAGAGUCUUUUAUCGUCAUAUUUAUCAUCUGUCUCCGUCAGUAGCUCUCUCAUUACCGUCGAGUGACACCCAGACGACCCGAUCCCUUCCUCCUCAAGGUUAUCAACCCUUUAUGCAUUAAUUAAUGGCCCUACUGUCAGAGAUACUCUAAUGUUCCUCCGACUUUACGUGAGGCAGAAUGUUGUUCGACGCCACACCAAUGAAACGAAAAGGCCUCACAAUGUAGACGAUGGUGAGAUGUAUUUUGUUUUAUCCGCCUCAACAUGUAAUGGGUUCUUUUGAUUGGCCAAUGCCGCACACUUCCACCAAUUUUGAUCCACAUCGGCAAACAUCUAUUAACUGUGUUGACCACAAACCAAGCCAAAGCAUUACCUCUCCGGUCAAGGUAAUACCCAACAAAUAAUGCUUUAUAAAGGAGUAAUAAGCUAUUCAUAAGCACUACUUCCGGGUUCCCAUGUUCUGGAGCAUUGCUUAACUCUACAGCAAAUGUUACCGAGUCAAAUGGACUAGUCCUUACAGUCCUAGUGCUAAGAUGAGAUGUACCUUUAUUAAUCCCAGGGGGGAAAUUCAGGAGUUUAAGCAGCAACAGAUGGAGAAAGAAAAACAGCACAGAUUCACACAGGAUGGAAAAUAGAAACACAAGUAGAAAUAAAAAUGAUAUUCUGGUAACCGUUUUAAAACAAGCUGUUAGAACAAAACAAAUAUCAAGAAUCAAGCAGGCGUAUAUACAUUUCAUAUUGUUAAAAAUAUACACAUGUAUGUAUGCAGACAAAAAGUGCAUGAGCUAUGUCACAGGGGUGUCCAAACUUAUUUCACUGAGGGCCAGAUACAGGAAAAUAUACGGAGAGCUGGGCUGCUUCUAGAGGGGAAUAUCGCCUCAUAAGUGAAGUUAUAAGUUAGCAAAACAAAUCAAAUGUAGGUGAAUAAUGCGCGAGACUUGAAAACGCUUUAAGGAAAGAACAGCCUACAUCCCGUCUGUCUUUAGGGGUUCAUUUAUUCUGUUGGCAGCUCAUUCCUUAAAACAGAAGCCUCAGAUUGCUGAUAAUCAGAGUAAAUAUGAAGGUUCCAUUUCAAGCUGGUUAUAGAAAUAAGUUAUUGGGCUUUUUUUUAUCAACUAAGAUUUGUUAGAACAUGUUUUAAAUUCUAAAUGACUGAAUUUAUUUUAAAUUGGGCUCAUUAAUAUAUCUGAACAUAUACAUUUGAGAAGUAAAAUAUAAGACAAGCAGAAGUUUAAUUUGUGGGCCGUAUUCAUUAUACUUCAUUCAAAAUGGCCUGCGGGCCGCAUUUGGCCCCCGGGCCGUAGUUUGGACCCCCCUGAGCUAUGAGCUGGCAAAAGCAGGGAAGAAAGCUACCCAUAAUGCAUCUUGGGUAGAAAAUAUAGAAGUUAAUAUAUCUUGAGAGCAACACAGGGCAGCUUCAUUCGACCAGUGUUUUAAAGUCACCUGAGAUGAAGACCUGCUCCACGUAGAUUACACUUUGUUACACUUUCUGGGACCAGAGCUCAGAACAUGUCCAUGUGUUCUUGACAUUGACUGUCAUUUAGGCCACGUUCAUAGUGAGACGAGUGAUAGGAUAUAGACGACUCACCACCUCUAAACAAAUCUAUGGAAAAAUAGAUUAGAAUAAGGACAUUUUUCACAACCUGGAUACCUAAAUGUUCUUAUUAAUGGGUUAUUACUGAUGUAUGAAGCAUUAUUAACCAUUAAUGAAGCCACUAGGGACGCCGAACCCCUCUAUAAAGAGUUAUGAGUCAGUGGCACCACUAAAAUACUUAUGUGUGCACUGGGCUGACAUUUCAAACUUCACGUUUCGGUCCUUAUGGAGUCCAAAAAGUGCCAAUAUUGCAUGGUCAUUACAUGAAUGAAUAGGGGACUAAAUUGAAUCGUCCCAGCACAAUCCACAAGUUGACCAAUCAAACGAGUUGUUGUGGAAUAAAAGUGCGAGGAGAAACCAAACUUUAGAGGAAAUAUUGGUUUGUUUCGGAUCAAUGGCGGUCCAGACUCAAGCAUCGAUCCAAACCCUGUCCGGACUCCUGUGAGGUGCUUCGUUGCAUGCCGCUGAUGCCUACCGUUUCUCUUCUGUUAUUUUUCUAAGUGUUUGAUCAAGCAGCGGGCCUCGACUCGCCCCUUCUCAACGUAGCUUUGAUUUCUCUGACUGAUGCUUGUUUACAUUUAGUGUGUGUUUUCAUUCUGCUCCGGCACGCAUUUCACCUGCCCCGCUGUACAGCAAGACGUGGCAGUGUUCUGCUGAGUGUGAAAAGCAGAAACACAUCCAGGGGUGUACGACUUUACCAAGAGGCUUCUGAAAAGCAUUUUAAGGGUGGCUUGGUAGUAAAGAUAAACUGUAAAUAGUGUGUAAAUAAUAUUAAUUAUGACUUCUACUGCUCACUGUCCCCCCCCCCCUGAUAUACACAUAAUCAUGGACUGCUUCUUUCUGCCUCUGACAGAAAUGAAUUAUCAUAGGAGCUACAGAUGGAGGGUAAAGUGUUACACAGUUUGAGUUAUUUCCCAAGAUGCACCUGUUCUCUCGCACCCACAGCCCACUUUUGAAGCCGACAACAGGAAGGAGUGCUCUUAUUUUAUUAUGCAUUCUGUUUCUAAAGUAGACAAAAACCCUAUUGAUGUAAAACUAGUACUGUGACGAUGUUGAGAACGCAAAAUAAAAUGAUAUAUUGUAAAACCUGA